AUGCCAGGAGGUAGGCCCCGAAUCUACAAAACUGAGGAGGAUAGGAUCAGAGCACGUAAUGAACGUCGGCGUAAUCGCCGUCAGGGACAUCCUUCUGCUUCCAGUGCAGAAGCUCCAUUUCACAAUAUAUUUGUCACCCAUGAGAACGUGGGCGGUAGUCAGGCUCCAGACAGCAAUGCUGAUAUCUUCACUGAUCUCGCCAACACUCUGAACAAUCUUUCUGUGGAGGAGCAUCCUUCUGAAGAAGAGGCACCACAGCUUAGUACACUGGAUUUUGUUGCCGUGGAUGAAGAUGAGGAGGAAAAUGAAAUCAACGGGCGCAGGUCUUCGGUGGACAGCGAUGGGGAAGACCUUGCCAUGGGGGAUGACUCUCCACCCCCUUCAGGGUUGCCAUCCCCACAACCAAUGGACCUAGUCAUUGAUGAUGCCACCCAACUGCUGGCGGAACGCCUUGCAGAGCAACUCCUUGGACACCACGGCUGUCUGGAGCAUGUCACACAUCCUCCAUCCAAUGCCAACACCACUUCUCUCUCCGAGCUGAUCGGCACGGAUCUCCCAGAUGUUCUGUCCCACCCCAAGAUUCGACCGCAUCCAGCCGACUGGGAGAACCGUCUCCCGGUAGUGGCACGACGCCAGCUCUUUACCGGCAUCCGCCAACGGCGCGCUGGAAGCCCCCCUCCGUUGACAACCUCUGACGGCUCCUCUCCCAUGGAGAGUCCUCCACCCGCGAUGGAGGAUCUGCCUCCACCCCGGAUUGAUCUUGAAUCUGAUACGGUCCCAGCCCGGCAAUUGCCUCUCGCCAUCACCUUUGAUGUUGACAGUGCCGGUGGCUUUGCCACGAGUCUGAGCGUGGCCCGACAAGGGCUGGACUGGCUUGUUAUCCGACCGCCUGUCAGCAACCUGGCCAGCUCGCUGCAUCUCCCACCUGUUCCGGUUGGGUUCUACGACCCCAAUGGGGAACGAUGGCGAUCCGCUCGAGCUCCGAUUCAUCACGUCCCUCAUCUCCCCUUGGGGCGGCUCCAUGGCUUUGAGGCUGUUGAGGUGUAUCUUCUGUUCCCCGGUUGUUCCAUCCGUCCCUGCAGCACUGGGUCAUCACAGAUGAGCAGUGGACCACAUGGACAGAUGAAGUGGUCAUGCCCGCGAUCUAUGACACUCUCCCAUCGGAGCUGA